ACCAAAUCGCCUUGUCUCACCUCUCAUCGAGGGCACUUCAGGAAAAAUUGCUUCCGAAUACUCCUACAUUAUGGAAGGUGGUCCAUUCGACGACCCCUUGUUCUCGGAGUUUGGGGCCCGCGGCGCCGGCGGAAGUGUUCACAGCAUUCAAGUGAUGCUGGGUCUUCACGGCGGGCAUCACGGUGGCGAUCUUCUGCCGCCCGGAGGCCCUCUUCACAAGUUGGAUUCAUCCAACAGCCCGCCAACGCAUCACCACCCUCACGUCGGGGUCAGUCAUCAGCUGCAGCAGCAGCAACAGAAGGAACUUAAAGAGCUCGAGCUCGCGGGAAUGUACGCGCCGCAGCUUUCUCAAGCCCAGGAAGUUACCACUUCCACAUCUUCCUCGGCGACACCGACGUCGACGACCCUUCAGCAGGGACUGCAGCUCAAUAAUUCCGUAAAGAGGAAAUCGGACGAUUCUAUGAACUCCAUGGCUCCAGUGAGCAGUGAUUCACAACCAGUGAAGAAAGACUCGAAGAAAAAGACGGACAACAAUGGCAUUAAGAAGAAAAAAACUAGAACAACAUUCACCGCUUAUCAGCUGGAGGAAUUGGAACGAGCUUUCGAGCGAGCACCUUACCCGGACGUGUUUGCGCGGGAAGAACUCGCCCUGAAGUUGUCGCUGAGCGAAUCGCGGGUGCAGGUCUGGUUCCAAAACAGACGAGCCAAAUGGCGAAAGCGCGAACCCCCGCGAAAAACCGCGAGCUACAUGACCGCUGGUUCGGCGAGCCCGGGGCUAAGCGGCUCGUUCACUUCUCUGAACAACAGCUUGAACCCCUUCACAUCCUCGGCGAGCGCCGCGGCGCCACCCGACGCCUGGGCCUACACCCCGGCCUACGACUUGUCGCCGCAUUUGAAUCUCCUUAGUCCUUCGAAUUCACCGUACACCUCGUCGGCAUUUGGGGGACCGAGUAACAACGGAUCGGCUUAUUCGUACACGACGAUGAUACCGCAGCACGACGCUUCCCUGUUCUCGGCACCCCCGAACAACACGAUGCGCGUUCACCAGGACUACAUGAACUCCAAUAACAGUUCGCCCCCGCAGCUCUCUCGUGCCGAUUACCAGACGAUGGUCAACACUCACUCGCCCCCCACUCAUUUGACCGGUUCCAUGUCCGAGGACGAGCAUCAGAGCAAGCAGCUUGAGUACGUCAGCGGGCUCAGCCCACCGGAAAAGUACCAGCAUGAUCAGGGUGACUAUGUUCAACAGCAGCAGCAGUCUCAGGACCAGAAACAGGAGUACAACAUGCAUUCGCCCCCCGGACGCCAGGGCAUCAAGGAUCAGGUUCUCGUCAAGAACGAACCCGGCAACCAGCAGAGCUACGUUCAACUACCUCCUUUUUUGAACUGACUCGAACCCUUGGGUUCGGGUUCGAGUCCAGAUUUAAUCACUAAUUUUCAAGCUGAUUAUACACACUCGUUCGGUGGUUAUUAUAACUGAUGCGGACACGGGGUAUAUCGUACGCGUAUAGUAAAAUUUCAGAGACAUUUUACUCUGGAAGUUGAUGAACAACUUGGUCGUUUAAUUGUUUUA